CUCACUGCAAAUACCAAAAGGCCAUUUAGGUUCGCUUCAACUCACACUCAGAAAGAAGAAGAAGAUGGAGACAAAGCCUACAGAGAUCAGCAGCUCUAAGAUGUUCGGUGGCUUCAACAAAAGAUUUAAACAUUUCAGCCCAACACUCGGCUGUUCCAUGACUUUCCACAUCUUUUUCCCCCCUUCUGCUUCUCCUUCCCACAAAUUCCCCGUACUUUACUGGCUCUCAGGGCUUACCUGCACGGAUGAGAACUUUAUUAUUAAGUCAGGAGCUCAGCGUGCUGCUUCGGCUGAUGGUGUUACUCUAGUUGCCCCUGAUACAUCUCCAAGAGGCCUAAAUGUGGAAGGAGAGGCAGAUAGCUGGGAUUUUGGUGUAGGUGCUGGAUUUUAUCUUAAUGCUACACAGGAGAAGUGGAAAAACUGGUGUAUGUAUGACUAUGUUGUCAAGGAGUUGCCCAAACUCCUGAGUGAAAAUUUUUCACAGCUUGAUACAUCCAAGGCGUCUAUAUCUGGUCACUCUAUGGGUGGGCAUGGUGCUCUAACGAUCUAUCUGAAAAACCUUGACAAGUAUAAGUCAGUGUCUGCCUUUGCACCAAUUGCCAAUCCUAUAAACUGUCCCUGGGGCCAGAAGGCAUUCACAAAUUAUCUAGGUAGCAACAAAGCUGAGUGGGAGGAAUAUGAUGCCACUUCCCUUAUUUCAAAGUACAAAAAUGUGUCUGCUACCAUUUUGAUUGAUCAGGGAGAGGAUGACAAAUUUGUGCAGGAGCAGCUACUGCCACACAAGUUCGAGGAGGCAUGCAGGAGUGCUAAUGUUCCGCUUUUAUUGCGAUUACAGCCUGGUUAUGAUCACUCAUACUUUUUCAUUUCCACAUUCAUUGAUGAUCACAUCCGCCAUCACGCUCAAGCUCUCAAUCUGUAACUGUAACUGCUUUUUGCUCCAAUAAACAGAGUGGUCUUUGAGAUAAUAUUAUUAUGUUUUCAUGUUAAGAACCAGAUUCCUCUGACUUGGUACCAAGAGAAACUAAAUACUAAUGUGUUUGGCACG